AUGAAUGCAAGCAAAGUUGAAGAAGAUCUCUUUCAUCAUCACCUUGACUCAAUCGGCGAUCCACAGCCGUUGAUUUUAGAUCGCCAUGACUCAAUCGGCGAUUCUCAGCCGUCGAUUUUAGAUCACCAUGACCACCAGGAGGAGCAACAGCCGCCGUCUGAGUUUUCUCUGCCUCCAAUGUCGGAAUUCGACUUCUUUCGUGAUGAAGAUGAGGAUGAUUCCAUCAGCCAUACCUCUUCUGACGCAGAAGUUCUACACAUUUAA